AUGCCCUUCGUGGCCCCGUCGCCACCCUUCCCGGCCCCUUCUCGGCUCCUCCGCCACCAGCAGCAGCCGCCGCCAGCAGCAGAUGCGGCCGCCACCAGCAGCGGCCGACAGCACCAGACGCCGCCGACAGUAGCGGCGGCCGCCACCAGCAGCAGCCGUCGCCGCCGACAGCCGCGACUGCCGCCACCACUGACAGCAGGAGCUGCCGCCGCGGUCACGGCUCUGUCCCUGCCGACGCACCUCGGCCCUGCCCCACCGCUUGCCGGCCCCUACCUACCAGCCCUGCUUUUCCUACAGUGCGAUAGGAAGGACGGUCUCUCACUGUUCGAUCUCACGUCUGGCGCCUCUGCUGCCCCUGCUGCCGAUGCUGACAGCACUGUUCGCUCACAGUGGGCCACACGCGAUGCUGCUGCCCAUCUUGCUGUGCGUAGUCACUUACCGUCCACUGAGCGCGCGCACUUUAGUCAGUACAAGAGUGCUAAGACCUUGGACCACUUCCUCUCUGUUUGCCCCACCACACUCACCGUUGACCUCCUCGAGGAGCGCCUCCUGGCAGCUGAGAAGAGUAUAGUCGCUGUAGGAGCCUCUCGUGGUGACCCUCGUGCCCCCUUCUUUGAGGGGUGCUCCCCCUCCCCCCUUUUGCCCUCUGUUGUCUGUGCUGCUGCCGUCGACUUCGUUGGCACCGAGUCGGUCGGCGCUGCGUCUACCCCUAGCGGGAGACGCCGCACCGGCAAGGGCAAGGGGGGCAAGGGCGCUGGAGGGGCUGGCGGGGGCGGUGGAGGUGGCAGUGGAGGCGGCGGAGGGAGUGGGGGUGGCGGUGGGAGUGGUGGCGGGGGUGGGGGCUCCGGUGGCGGCGGUGGAGGCGGAGGCGGCGGCGAUGGUGGCGGUGGGAGCGGAGGAGGAGGCGGUGGCGGCGGUGGCGGAGGUGGCGGCGGCGGAAGUGGAGCUGGUCGGGGUGGCUCUGCGCAGCGGGGCAGCUUCGGUGGUGGUCAGCGCCAGCAGCAGCAGCGCACUCGUGAGACCCCGCCCCCCCAGCAGCUUCGUGAGUGGUACGCUGCGCGUCAGCGGGGUGGGGGUGCUGGUCCUUGUGCCUACAUCCUGCGUACUGGCGACGGCACUGGUGAACCGUGCGGUGGCCCGCACACCACCCAGCGCUGCUUCGGCCGCCUGACGGACGCUUGGCGUCUCCAGUUCUCUGACGCCAAUGAGAUCCCUCGCUGGGGCGAGCUGCUUAGGUCGGGGGUUGCUAUCUUUGAUCUGGAUUAUGAUGUCAUUCUUGCUGCCAUGUAUGUUGUGUCUACUAGUGAUGAGGGUGACUAUUCCCUGUGUGUUCCGCCUGACCCGGGCAUUGAGGCUGCUGCUCUAGGUGCUGGUGAGGCUGCUGCUCUAGGUGCUAGUGCGUCUUCUGCCCCAGGUACUGGUGCGUCUGCUCUCUCAAGUACCACGUCCGCUCAGGCCUUCCACACCUUCACCCUUGACACGGGUGCUUCCCGCUCCUUCUUUCGAGACCGCACCACGCUUACGCCACUUAGUCGGCCAGUUGCGGUGUGUCCCAAGUAG